UCACAUUUUACUCGCUUCUUCUCACAAACCAACUCCAACUGGUUGACUCCUUACGUUGGCUGUCGCCUGCGUUUCUUCAAAAGACCUGCAAAAAAGGGACGUGCAAGUUAAUUAAAUUACAUCGCGGUCUCAAAUAUGGUUACGACGACGACGACGAUGAUGAUGCUGAUGAAGAAGAUGUUCGUGCUGAUGAUGAUGUUGAUGAUGAUGGUUAUGUCUGUUGGCAAGGCAUUUCCUGACAAGAUACCAAUUAAAGAAUUACUGAAAGAUUUUCAAACGAUCGAGGUUCGAGCCAACAGCGAAGAUUCCAAUAUAUUGUGUAAAGACGACCAGUUAGACAUCGCUUUCAUUAUCGACACUUCAAGGAGCAUUCAUGCGCACGAAUACGAUCAACAAAUCGAAUUUGUUAUGAAACUCGUCUCCAUAUUUAAUAUCAGUCCUCAAAACAUCCGCGUUGCGGCAAUCUCGUUCGGACAGGAAGUUGUUCGGGACUCAGCGUUCGGAUUCUCAACGUACAAAACCAAGGAGAAAGUUCUGGCUGGUAUCAAGGGUAUUGUUUAUCGUGGCAGAGACAUGGGUGACCAAACGGAAACAGGAAUGGCCAUUGCUUUUGCCAGAAAGAACGUCUUUAGUAACACACGGCCGGGUGUCAAAAGAAUUUGCGUUGUUUUGACUGACGGCAGAUCCACAGAUCCUUUGCAAACAAAACAGGAGGCAAGCUAUGCCAGGAAAGAUGGCAUCAAGAUGAUUGCUGUCGGUAUCGGUAACAAUGUGUCGAUGGAAGAACUCAAAGCCAUCGCCAGCAACCGUCACCUAGUUUUUAAGAUCGAUUCUUAUGAUCUUCUGCCUCAGUUUGAGAGACACGUCAUGACACAAACGUGUGAAAAUCUUUACAACGUUGUCAACGACACAGAAGUAAUCAUCACAGACGAAACUCCUAUAUCCAUGAAGAUCACUACAACUCCUAAAUUUGAGGUAGAAGGUCCGAUAUCCAUGCACUUCACCACUAAACCACCGAUCGAUACUGGUGAAGAAGGUCCGAUAUCCAUGCUGCACACUACCACAAAGUCACCAUCCGUGGACGUUACAGUCACCCGACCUAUAUCAGAUCAACAUCCUUGUAAAGACCAGUUGCUUGAUGUCAACAUCUUGUUUCGGCCGUCACGUAUUCCAUCGCGGUACGUAAUGAAGCUCAUCGAUAAAUCAAUCAGCGGCGAUGCUAUGGAUCAGGGUAUCACCAGAGUGGGUGUCAUCUCAAUACCGAAGGCGACAUUCAAAGAAACGCCCUCAAGUCGAAGCCUCGUCUUGAGCAACAGCGCAUUGGUAAUGGAAUAUAUACCAGGCAAGAAGUUGUCAGAAAUCAUCAAGUCGGAGAAACGUGGAUAUACUCCGGUCUUAGCUGAAAUGCUUAUCUCCUACGUAUCAAGAAAGUGCUUGUCUGCGCUGGCGUAUCUGCAUGAACGGAACAUCAUCCACCUUGACAUCAAAGCAGACAAUAUUUUCCUGACCGUCUUUGGAAACGUCAAACUCUACGACUUUGGACUCUGUGUUGAACUAAAGAAGCCCUGGUGUACAUCAGCAUUUGUCAGAGGGACGCCAAAUUGGGUUUCGCCGGAAGUCCUGCAGCAACGCCUCUACACAAGCAAAAGUGACAUAUGGAGCUUUGGUGUGACCGUUGUGGAGAUGAUCACCGGAUAUCCGCUGAAUAGUACCAACUUUCCUAAUGAAUAUUCAAUGGAUUCUAGAAAUUUUAUCAAGUUAAGAUUCAACGGGGAACACAAUUUAUCGACUGAAAUCGUCCAUUUCCUUAGUCUAUGUCUUAGGAUAGACUACAAACAGAGACCCUCAACAACAGAAUUACUAAAUUUUGGAUUAUGUUAA